ACUAUGGGGUUAACAGGGAAGGGAAGCUGCUGCCCCGGCAUUGCAUGAUGGGAGCGGUAGGCAGUGAGGCUCCUGGGAGUUGUAGUCAAGUCCCAGCAUGGCCGCUUCCAGCAAGGAAUCUUGAACAUUUUCUUCCUUCUGCUCUGGCCUUGUCUUUCCAAGUCUCCAGUAUGGAAAUGGACACCACUGAUCAAAACAAUCUGAAAUGCAAUAAAUCAGAGAAGAAAUUGUUGAGAAAACAGAUCAAGGCCAGAAACACUGUAAUGAGGCAUGAGGGCAUUGAGUGUGUCUCUCACGCCACCCAGAGCUUGGUCAUUGCCAAUGGAGGUCUGGGUAAUGGUGUGAAUAGACACCAGCUGCUCAGACUAGUUGAGAAAUGUGGAUUGGUGGAAGAACUCUUAAUGCCUCCAAAUAAACCCUAUUCAUUUGUGAAAUAUGGGUCGACAGAAGAAGCCAAGAGAGCCUACCACACUCUCAAUGGGAAAGAGAUAACACUGGAGGAUUCCAACCAAAAUGUUACUCUGUAUCUUAACUUUGUGGAAAAAGUGCACUGGGAGGACUCUUUACCUAUAAGUUUGCCUCCAGGCCUGAUGAUGAUUGAAGAGCUUGUGUCUCUGGAAGAAGAACAAAAGAUUUUGGAAAACAUUGAUUGGACAGAAAAUGAAGUAAUUCAGAAUGCCCAGAAGUCUUUAAAACACAGAAGGGUAAAGCAUUUUGGAUAUGAGUUUCGAUAUGACAACAACAAUGUAGAUAAAGAUAAACCAUUGCCUGGAGGGCUCCCAGAAAUUUGCAGCAUGCUUCUGGAGAAGUGCUUGAAGCAGGGAUAUAUCAAACAUAAACCCGAUCAGCUGACAAUAAAUCAGUAUGAACCUGGACAAGGGAUUCCUCCUCAUAUUGAUACUCAUUCUGCUUUUGAGGAUGAAAUAAUCUCUCUCAGUUUGGGAGCUGAGGUUGUGAUGGAUUUUAAGCACCCGGAUAGCCGUACAGUGGCGGUUAUGCUGCCUCGACGGAGUUUGCUGGUGAUGACUGGAGAAUCCAGGUAUCUGUGGACUCAUGGGAUCACGCCUCGAAAGUUUGACAUGGUUCAUGCAUCUGACCGACAGAAAGUUGGAUCAAUCACUCCCAAUGCUGGAGAUUUAACAUUAAACAGAAGAGAGACAAGGACCUCUUUUACUUUUAGGAAAGUGAGGAGAAGCCCUUGCAAUUGCACUUACCCUUCGGUAUGUGACAGUCAGCAAGGCCAUCAAAGAGAGGAAGAACCCUCGUUCCAUGACAGUGAAACAGAGGCCUCAAAGUUGGAACAAGAGUAUGUACACAAGGUGUAUGAAGAGAUUGCCACACACUUCAGCAGCACCAGGCAUAGUCCAUGGCCCAAAAUUGUUGAGUUUCUUAGUGCUUUACCAAAAGGAUCUAUAGUGGCUGAUGUAGGUUGUGGGAAUGGGAAAUAUCUCGGCAUCAACAAGGACUUGUACAUGAUUGGCUGUGAUCGUAGCCAAAACCUGGUGGACAUCUGCAGAGAAAAGAAAUUCCAGGCAUUUGUCUGUGAUGCGUUGUCUGUGCCAGUUCGAAAUAGUUCUUGUGAUGCCUGCAUCUCUAUCGCUGUAAUCCAUCAUUUUUCAACAGCAGAGAGAAGACUGGCUGCUGUCCGUGAGUUAGCCCGGCUCCUAAGACCUGGCGGAAAGGCACUCAUUUACGUCUGGGCAAUGGAACAGGAAUACAACAAACAGAAGUUAAAAUUUCUUAAGGACUCAAGAUGUGCUAGUUCCCUGGCACCUGAAAAGGGGCACUCACAAGGAAGGGGGUUCCGUGAUCAAAUGCAUGACUACAAUAGGCAAGACUCAGCAUGUUCUGAAGGAGUCCUUAAUGACUCUAAGGACAAAGAUGGCAAUGCAAAGCAGGUGAUAAAUUCUAACCUGCCUGUUCAUACUAACAGAACGUCCUUUCAGUCUCAAGAUGUGCUAGUUCCCUGGCACCUGAAAAGGGGCACUCACAAGGAAGGGGAAUAUGUCAAAACCCUUCAGCUUCCAGUGGCUUCUAAGGAAUUGCAAGGAUUCUGUCCUGUUUUCCACCGCUAUUAUCAUGUGUUCUAUGAAGGAGAACUGGAAGCAGACUGCAAAACUCUGGAUUGCAUAAGAAUUCAAAAAAGUUAUUAUGAUCAAGGAAACUGGUGUGUGGUUCUUGAAAAACGGUAACCCACUGCACUUCCUUCAGUGCAUCUGAAAGAGAUGCUGUUUUCAGCUGAAAUCUUUGAUCAUACUGUGCACAGGCAUAUUAAAGCCCAUCCUGCAGUUGUGACUCUCUUAAAUUGUACAAUAAACACUGAUAUUUUAAGACUUUAGCCAAGGUUAGGUCCUUGUAGUUGU